AUGGCCAACGAGGAUGACAUCAGCAGCGUGGAACAAAAGACGCUCUCUAUCGUGAGGAAUCUGCUCGUUGCACCAGACGGAACCGAGCACGCGACAGCAGACGCCCUGGAGGCGUUGCACGCUUACUACCGAGAAACGUUCUGCCAUCCAGAUGACCCUUCCUGGAAACGAAAUCCCGCUCGUGGGACCAUCAUCGUGGCUGGAUCGGCUGUUUCCCAUGUCUUUGACGUGGCGGCAUACGUUCCGUUCAACGAUUUCAAACACAGGCGAUUGGCGGAUCUCGUGAUCGGCUUGAAGAGGAAUGCGGCGCAAGAGUUCAACCCGGACGAUCCUCGAUUGGGCUGGGAUCAGAAAGUAGUGAACGAGGAAGCCCGCGAGACAUGGAACUGUUAUCAUCAUGACUCCAUGGACAGGUGCAACGAAGCGGUCAACAUGUACACGCUUCUUGCGAGGCUUACUGGAGCGGAGACACUGGGUGCCAAUGCGGUUCCAUGGGCAACCGACGACGUCGUUGAAGGCCUCGAAGAACCUGCGUCACGGAACUCGACCCCGCUGGUGUUGAAGGCGGCCGCCGUUAUCGCGACGCAGCACAUCCUCUAUGCUGGCGAAGCGUUGGUGAAAGAGGUAGACGGUGAGAAGUGGAAGACUUGGGCCGCCAAGCUCAGAGAUCUGGCGGACAGCACCCCAGAGGACGCAGAGUGGGAUCUCAAGCACAAUGCCCGAGAGGCCUAUGGCAAGAUGGUUCAGCUGCGGCCAGAGCUGUUUCGGGAGUCGUCCCGGAACACCUCGCAGUAG